AAAUAUUUAAGUUCAAUUAAUAAUUUAAGUUAUAAUACUGGAAGUUCUAGUCAAUUGGUUUUUGCAGCAGAAAAUUCAAAAUUUAGUCCAAAUUCUUUAUGGAGAAUUAAAUUUAAUAAUAAUGAAUUAGCUACUUAUGGAAGUACUUACAUAACUUUACAACAUGUUAGAUCCAAUAAGUUUCUUGUAAUAAAUUAUGGUAAGCUUACCUAUUAUUACAGUGGUAUUAAUUCUGAAUAUUGUUAUCACAAAUCUCCGUCAGCUAACCACACAGAAGUGAGCUGUGAUAAUAUUACAAAUCAUAGCUAUUGGGUUAAGGAUUGGGAGUUUAACCAUGCUAAAAUAGGAAAUCAUCAAGGUUUUUUAAAAUCGAAUGAUAUUAUUAAUCUACGCAUUAAGAAAUUCUAUGAUAAUAAUGGUGCUCGUUGUCAAGAUGGUCAAUAUGAAUUUUUACGUAGUCAUGAUAUUCAAUUUACAGUUGGAAACGAUACCUUUCAAGAAAUUGUUUGUCAUAAUGAAAGAUUAGGAGGGAAUGAUGAAGUAAGUAAAUUCAAAUUAGGUAAAUUGAUUUUAUUAUAG